CUCGUCUCCCGACGUCGCUCUGCCCAUCGGUUUCUCCCGGACGCGGGCUUCGCGGGGUCGCGGGGGAUGUUUAUGAGCUCGAAGCUAGUGAGACGUUUAAAAGCGGCCGAGGACCUGGAGUGCGGGCUGUUUCCCACGGGUGCGAAGCGAGGAGACACCGGCGGCCUUUCCGCGGGAGAUGCCGGGGGUGCAGCCGCCGCUCGGCCGGGGAGCUGGAGGGCGAGCCGGGCCCUCGGCCACCGCGCUGAGUGACUCGACGCCCCGGAAGCAUCACCUCGUCCAGGGACCGGGCCGGGCCGGUCUCAGCCGCGCAGGAGAGCUCUUGAAACUAAAAAACCCUUCACAAGGCAGAAGUGGGCUUUGUGAUCAUUCAUUCUAUCCCAAGAUGACGACAGAAUCCCAGAGAGCUGCAGCUCAGAACCCUCCGGAGGAUGAAGGGCUUCUGAGAGUGAAGGUGGAGGAGGAAGAUUUUGUCUGGGGGCAGGACGCUGGCUCGGGGAGAAGUGAUUUUCUCAAGCAGGAGCUGUGCCGGCAGCUGUUCAGGCAUUUCAGCUACCACGACGCACCUGGGCCCCGCCAGGCACUGCACCGGCUCCGUGAGCUCUGCGGGCUGUGGCUGCAGCCCGAGACGCACAGCAAGGAGCAGAUGCUGGAGCUGCUGGUGCUGGAGCAGCUUCUGAGCAUCCUGCCCGCGGAGCUGCAGGCCCUGGUGCGAGAGCAGCGCCCGCAGAGCGGGGAGGAGGUGGUGGCCGUGCUGGAAGACAAGAGAGCCAGCGGUGAAGCAGUGCUCCAGGUUCCAGUCCCUGGACAGGGACAGGAAAUAUUCAGGAGGAAGGUUGCAUCUCCUGGACCAGCAUUUACUGACCAGCUCCCGCCGGUGGACACCGAGGACCUUCAGGUUUCUUCAGAACCCGCUCUCCCACUGAACUUGGGUCAUGAGAGUGAAAACAACGUGUCUCUGUCAAGUCUUGACGUUCAUGAAAACACAGGCUCACAGAGAAUUGUGUCAGGACGACCUUCGACAUUUGCCUCAGAGGAGUCUGCUGAGCCUUGGGACGUCUCCAAGUCUGCGGGCCGGGUAAAGCGGCAACAGGAAAACGAGCCUGGGGAGUCUCAGAGACCAUCGUCUGCUCAGGAUGGAGGCUUUAGCAAAAUCCUCACCCACAAAAAUAUACUUUCAGGUGAAAUAAUAAGUCACAAUGGAUGUGACAGAUGCAUAAACCUGAACCCAAGUGAAUUCACACACCACAGAUCUUGUAAACACAGUACCUAUGACCAAAGUCUCCAGUGGAAUUCGGGUUUUAUUAUGCAUCAAAACAUUUACGUUGGAGAAAAAACUCCCCGUGGAAAAUCUCUCAAGCACUCAAACCUUAUUAAACAGACAGCAGUUUUCAGCGGAGAAAAACCCCAUCAAUGUAGUGAGUGUGGGAAAGCUUUCAGGCACAGCUCAAAGCUUACCAGACACCAGAAAACCCACACUGGAGAGAGACCCUAUGAGUGCAACGAGUGUGGCAAAGGCUUUGGCGGGAGAUCAGAUCUCACUAGACACCAGAGAGUCCACUCUGGGGAGAGACCCUUUGAAUGCAAAGAAUGUGGAAGAGCCUUCAGCCUGAACUCACACCUCAUCCUGCAUCAGAGAAUCCACACCAGAGAGAAACCCUAUGUGUGCAGUGAAUGUGGGAAAACCUUCAGGGUGAGCUCACACCUCAUUCGACACCGGAGAGUCCACACUGGCGAGAAGCCCUAUGCGUGCAGCGAGUGCGGGAGAGCCUUCAGUCAGAGCUCGCACCUCAGCCAACAUCGGAGAAUUCACAAGAGGGAAAGCCUAUUCAUGGGGCACCAUCCCGAGACCGGGGCGCAGGCGGUGGCUGUGCUGGAGGAUCUGGAGAGGGAGCUCGAUGAGCCGCCGGAGCCGGUGGCGAGGGAGUGGCCGGCAGAGGUCCUGGCCAAGUCAGAAAUACAGGAGACACUUCUGGACAAGUUGGCCCCCUUGGGACAGCUACAUGAGUCCCUGGCUGUCCAGCUCUCCCUUGAGAAGAUCCAGCAGGAGCCCCAAAGGAAUGAAGAUAAAGAAGGUGGUGGAAGCAAGUCUCCUCAUCUUUCCAGGCCCUACAUGGCUGCAGAAUCAAGCAAGUCUUUAGCCCCAUCUCCAUCCAACCAGGCCCCUGAAGAGGACCUUGUCAUUGUCAAGGUUGAGGAGGAUCAUGGUUGGGACCAGGAAUCCAGUCCACAUGAACACAACCCUCCUGGCCAGGAGCUAUUCCGCCUGCGAUUCAGGAAGCUGUGCUACCAGGAGACACAAGGACCCCGAGAAGCUCUGAUCCAACUCCGGGCACUUUGCCAUCAGUGGCUGAGGCCAGAUUUGAAGAGCAAGGAGCAGAUCCUGGAGCUGCUGGUGCUGGAGCAGUUCCUGAGCAUCCUGCCCCCGGAGCUGCAGGCCCUGGUGAAGGAACAUCGGCUGGAGAGUGGGGAGGAGGUGGUGACCCUAUUGGAGGAUCUGGAGAGGCAGAUUGACAUCCUAGGACGGCCAGUCCCGGCUCGUGCACAUGGUCACAGGGUCCUGUGGGAGGAGGUGGUGCACUCGGAACCCGCACUAGAGCCUCCAGACGCAACGCUUCAGCCUCCAGCAACCCGGCACAUAGCUCCUGGGCUCCACGGGCCCCGAGACAGAGCUGUAUCUGCUUCUCAUAGUCCCACCCCUUCCCAGAAAGGAAGUCCUGGAGACCAGAUGGCUGCGUCACUUCUAACAGCAGGGUUCCAGACUUUGGAGAAGAUUGAAGACAUGGCCGUGUCCCUGAUUCGAGAGGAGUGGCUUCUUAAUCCGUCACAGAAGGAUCUGAAGGGAGAUGACAAGCAAGAGAGUCACAGAAGCAUGUUCUCCCUGGGUGGUGAAACCAGGAAUGAGAACAAGGAAUUAGCUUUAAAACAGGUAAUAUCUACCGGAGCCCAACUACAUGGAGAGACAGCUGCGAAAUGCAAUGGUGAUAUUAUCGGGGGUCUUGAGCGUGGAGAAGCCCAAGACCUUCUGGGCAGAUUAGAGAGGCAGCGGGGGAAUCCCACCCAGGAGAGACGACAUAAAUGUGAUGAAUGUGGAAAGAGCUUUGCUCAGAGCUCAGGCCUUGUUCGCCACUGGAGAAUCCACACUGGGGAGAAACCCUAUCAGUGUAAUGUGUGUGGGAAAGCCUUCAGUUACAGGUCAGCCCUUCUUUCCCAUCAGGAUAUCCACAACAAAGUAAAACGCUAUCACUGUAAGGAGUGUGGCAAAGCCUUCAGUCAAAACACAGGCCUGAUCCUGCACCAGAGAAUCCACACUGGGGAAAAGCCAUAUCAGUGCAACCAGUGUGGGAAGGCAUUCAGUCAGAGUGCGGGCCUCAUUCUGCACCAGAGAAUCCACAGUGGGGAGAGACCCUAUGAAUGUAAUGAGUGUGGGAAAGCCUUCAGUCAUAGCUCACAUCUCAUUGGACAUCAGAGAAUCCACACUGGGGAGAAGCCCUAUGAGUGUGAUGAGUGUGGGAAAACCUUCAGGCGGAGCUCACAUCUUAUUGGCCAUCAGAGAAGCCACACUGGGGAAAAACCCUACAAAUGCAAUGAGUGUGGGAGGGCCUUUAGUCAGAAGUCAGGCCUUAUUGAGCAUCAGAGAAUCCACACUGGAGAGAGACCCUAUAAAUGCACAGAAUGUGGGAAAGCUUUCAAUGGGAACACUGGCCUCAUUCAGCAUCUGAGAAUUCAUACAGGGGAGAAGCCCUAUCAAUGCAACGAGUGUGGGAAAGCUUUUAUUCAGAGGUCCAGUCUCAUUCGACAUCAGAGAAUCCACACUGCAGAAAAAUCUGAGACCAUAGGAGUUUAGGGGAAAACUUGAGUCAUAGUUUGGGCAUUAUUCCACAGUAAAGGAACCACAUGCUGGUGAGAGGUCUUUCAGUGUAGUAAAAAGGCAGAAAGUUUGUCAUCAUUGUGACCUGAUGCAGGGUCGGAAUCAAUAGCGGGGGCAGUUAGAAUAGCUCUUGAGUAGUUUUGGCCCAGUGCCUCAAUGCAGGUGGAUUAGCUUGACUGUUUUGGGAGGUGUCUGAUGGCCCAGCGUACCCCUUAGAAACUUAAAGAGUGAGUUGCUUGUGGCUUGAGGCACCUAACACCAAACUUUGUCUUCUGUGUGAGUAGCUGUAGAUUCAAGUCAGGCUGCUCCUGGCUCCUCUGCUUCCUCCCACCUCUGUGACCCCCUUUUUGGUUAGUCACUCAGAGGGGCAUGUGUGUGCUCUUCUUCCUAGGAAGCUUGCUGUAGAGUGCGCAGCAGCCUCUGUGAGACUUAGAUGUGCAUUUAGCUUUCUAAGAAUCUAGUUCUAGGUAAAAUUUUUAUAGACAGGUUUUCAAGCUUAGGUGUGCAUUUUUUUGUAAUGUUCUUGGUUAAUCAGUGAAAUUCAUAUUCCCACUCAUACUCAGAAUGCUAUAUUUUUAACAGUACUCCAGCAUUUUUCUCCACAUGUCACCUUCACUGACUCCACUCAGUUACUGAACACCAGAAGUGUCCUCCACCCCAAGCCCCAGGCCCUGAGUCAGGCAAGGAAGUGCUGCAUUAGUGAUGGUUGGGGGACUGUGCACAGGAAGGUGAGUGCAGACAGUCCAACUGCUCUUGAGCUUGGAUGGUUGCCCCUUGUGGUGACAUCUGGCUCUCCUUUCCACCUCCCCACUGCACGCUGUGGUAGACGGGUGCUUUACACCAUUCUAGUUAUGGUGUCACAUGGGAGAAGGUGCACUCAUCCCUCUAGCCCGUCUCAGUGCUGCUCUCACAGGUCCUGACUAGGGGAACCUUGUUACCACCCUGGACCCCCUUUGGUGGCCAGCACCUCACACGCCUCUUGCCAUUAGCUUACAUUUCACAGCUGUGAUCUCUCAAGUACCUCGCUUCACAGUUGCUCGUUUUUCUUAAUUUGGGUGCACACUCCAUCUGUCUUCCAGCAAAGACCACAGUAAAGUCAUCGUCACCAGGACAUUUCAUCUUGGAGGCUAACUUAAAGUAACAUCAGAGUUCACACAUCCACACGGGCUGUCUUUCAGUUGUGUGGUUGUAACUGUUUUAGUAGUGUUAUCACUGCAAUAAGCAUUCCUUCAGGUAUUCUCGUUAGAUAAACCACAUGGGAAAACUCUUUAUUACUCUUGAGUCACAUCUCGUUUUUUACUUUGAUUACUGAGAUGGCCUCAGAGUCACCAUUUGAUAAUGUCAUGCCUUUUUUAGUUUUUAUCCUUGAUCUGUAUUUCUACUGUACUGUGGAACUUACCUUGUAUCUCAGAAAUUCUCUUCUCCUUUGGCUUGUGGGACACUUCUUGGCCAUUUUUUUCCAAUUUCUAGCUUUUCUCUAUUUUUCUCCUGCCCACUGAACAUAUUCACUAGCUUUUCUGUUCUCACUCUAGUUUAUCCAUUUUGAUUGUCAGUAACCAUAUUUCCCACUGUCUCCCAACACAACUUGAUCUUUGAAAACAGAACUCAUCACUCUUUGUCCCCCAAAUACCAUUUUCCUUUUCACAUAUAUAGGCACCAUUACUUAAUUUCUUUAUCCUGAUUAGACUCACUAUCCUUUGUUUUCUUUUUUUCUAUUAAUCCUCACCUAAGGAUAUUUUUCCAUUGAUUUUUAUAGUGUGACAGGGAAGAGGAGAGACAGAGAGAGAAAAACAUCAGUGUGAAGGAAACAGAUCAAUUGGUCGCCUUCCACAUGAACCCCGAGGAUUGAGCCUGCAACCUUUGACCGAAAUCAAACCCAGCAGCCCUCAAUCUGUGGGCUGAUGCUCUAUUUACUGAUCCAAACCGGCUAGGGCUAUGUUUCUUAUCACAAUCUUGUAGGUGUCUUGUUCUGGUCUCCAUUCUACAUGUCCAAAAUCUUGCUAAGUUGUUCCAGUUCUAACUUUUAUCCUGAGGCUGCACAAUUACAGAUGGACAUUUAUGGUGACAGUAAUAAGUUCAUCUACAGCAUAAAAUGUGUAAAACCUUCCAUUUCUGACAUUUUCUCAUAGGAGUUUUUUCAGAUCUGUAUUAUCUGGGGCCCAGUUUAUUGCAAUUCUUUCUUUCUAGUGUCCCUGCUCUUCAAGAUCUGCAUCUUGUAGGCAUCCAAGACGAUCUUUUUGAAACUCCAUUUUCAUUGUCUUAUUUUCACUCAAGAA